AAAUGUUUUGUGUUAUUCUUCUUCUGUAGUUUUGAUUUGAAAAAAAAAACAAAUACAAGGGGACUCUAAAUUAAGAAUUUAUUUUUGUACAAACUCAAAUUAAUCCGAAGAAAGUUUAUAUUGAUAAUAAAAAAAUAAAUCUCGAUCGAUAAAACAGUGUUCAUCCGGGACCGUUGACUUGUUGAAAAAUUAGGUUAUGUGUCAUUGUUUAUUUUCUCAAAAAUCAAGAAAAAACUCGUUAUAAUGAAACUUGUGUGUAGUGUUCGUGUCGGGAAUCGUUUAUUGCCGACUUUGGCUCUAAGCUCCAAACAAAAAUAUGCCCAAUCAACGCUUGCAUUGUGCAAACACCCAAAUACCGAAGACUAUUGCAUUAUAUUAUUUACAAGUCAGAACAAAAAUGGUACAAAAUACGGAGUUCGUGGGAACAUUAGUCAAAUAUUAACCCGUUUUAUAAACGAUGGAAAAGCCACAAUCCAGUUUAAAGCGCCCCCACACGACCUAUUUGUGCAAAGUGAAGUGAUCCAAUUGAAGAGUUUUCUGCACUUAUUAAAGCGAGUUUUGGAGAAUAAAAUAGGGCCGAAGGAAUUGACCUGUUCUAGUCUAUCAGUGACUGCAGUCAAAGACAUCGCCCCCAAGAAACUAGUGAUACGGAAUCGCUCCGAAUACCCAGCUCGGGGGUUCCCCCGAACUCUGGAAUCCCUCCACAUUAAUGACAUCCAGCGGUGCUCCCUAGACCGAGGCAUUUUGCACUUAACCAAACUGAAAAUCCUCGAUUUAAGCCAAAAUUGCAUCGAAUUUAUCCCCGAGGAACUCAACCAAUUGCAUUUAAACGAAAUAAAUUUAUCCUCAAACUGUUUAAAUAAGUCCAAACCGAGACAGUGGGCGUGGCUGGGGGGCAACCUCUCCAAAACCCUCACUUCACUCAACUUGGAAUCAAACAAUUUGAAAUACCUCCCGGACCAAAUAGUCAAACUUUACAAUUUAAUCACUCUAAAUGUGAAUCAAAACGAAUUGAGGUUUCUCCCUCAUGGUAUUUGUAAUUUACGCAAAUUGAGGACUCUAAUCGCGUCAAAUAAUCGAUUGCUGGUAUUACCAGGGAGCAUAAAACGGUGUCGUUUCAAACUUUUGAGUUUCUUCAAUAAUAAUUUUGAGGCUAAGAAACGGGAGAAAAUCACACCUCCCACACAAUUUUCGGUGCUUUCACUCAAAGAGUGUGCAGGGAGGAGGGUCCUUGAACGGAGAUUGUUUUACUCAAAAGAGAUCAUUCCUCAAACUCUUGUCGCCUACUUGGAUUAUGCGAAAUAUUGCGAGUGUGGAAAGCCCUGUUUUGAGGGUUUUAUUAGAAUCCCGGGGCAUUUUUCAGUCUCAACCAUAACCGAAGAUUUAGUCAUGUCGACAAAUUCAAGUGUGUUGCCACUUGAUUGCUAUUUUUGCUCAUUGAGGUGUUUUCGGGCUUGGUAUUAUGCCCCGAGACGAGUUCCGGUUAUCAGAUAGGACGCAAUUGACCUAAGUUAGGUUGUGAUAUGUAUUAUACUGUGUUUUUUCUACGACUUGUUCCAAAUAAAUGUGUUUUCUACUU